AUGCGUAGUCUUUACAAUAAGAAUACCCAAUUAGAAGAAAGAGUUGCAGCAUCACGCCGCAGAUGUCAAGCUGAACAAGAAGAGCAGGAAGGCAGCCCAGUAAGACGUAGGGGAAGACCUAGAGUAGAACCUUCUCAGACUAUUCCUGCUGCCUAUAUCUCGCAGCUUUCUCGCCUUCGUCUUUUGGACCUUGGACGUAUGGACAAGGAAUGCUCACACUGUCACGCCUUACACUGGAUUGAUGAAAGGCAAGAGACAUCUUCGAUGAGAUAUCCUAGCUGGGAGUCAUGUUGCAAGCAAGGAUCAGUCCAGUUGCAACUAUUACCUGAUCUACCUGAGUACUUGAAGGACUUGCUCGAACGUACGGACACUCAAGGCCGUCACUUUAAGGACAACCUUCGCCAGUACAACGCUGCCUUUGCCUUUACUUCGCUGGGCUGCGAUAUUGUUUCGCCUGAGGAUCGUGCCAAAGCAGCAACAGCAACAACGAUAACAAUAGAGAUGGCUUAA